UCUGACCUCGUCUCUAAACCAGACCGUUCUCGUCGCUGGAUUGCCUAGUUCUUAAUUUCCUGCGAUCAGUAUCAUCUUAUUUCGGUCCGCUUUGCGCUGGUGAGGUGACGCUGUGAUCGGGCAUUCCCCGGAAUUUGAUACCCACAUGGUUCUCGCUAUCGCGGAGUAAAACGGAGCUCUCUCGCUGCCCUCCAUGUUCAGAGCUCUGUUGGGUGGUGGUCGCUCGUCCAGCGAUGUGCGCAGCGACACCGGUUCCAAGUCCUCACGACGCAGAGCCGCCGAUGACGAUGUCCGCUCGACGUCCUCGCGCCGCUCGAAACCAUCCGCCUCAUCGUCCAGCCACAAGUCUUCACGGGGUGACGACCGUGAUCGCGGCCUGGGCGAUUUAUCGGCCUACUCGUCGUCCAGCAGCCGGAGACGACGUGCGCCUAGCAUGACGGAAGGUUCUGUGGCAUCGACCUAUGUGACAGCCGAGCCGGGAAGCAUCUAUGACGAUACGAAUUCUACGAUUACCGACAGAACGUCGAGGUAUACCGAGGUGUAUAAUGGAGAUGAUCGCACUUCUGAGGCAACGAUGAGAAGCCCGCGCGUGGAUAGCAGAUAUGGAGAGGAGAGUAGGAGGAAUACAAAGGAUCGCAGAGGUAAGGAUACUGACCGAGACAGAGACACAGAUAGCCUUCGCAAGGAACGACGGCGCACAAGAUCAGAUGACGACGAGUACUCGGAUAGAUCGAGGGUACCGCCAACAUCGGGUGCUGAUGAUCGCUUCGCUGCUGCAAUUUCGUCGCCAGGAUUCUCCCAGUUCCCCGGACAAUAUGAUACAACGAUGUCCGGCGCCGUGCCCGUCUCGUCAACCAACUAUGACCCGCACGUCCCCCAGCAAUUUCCUGGGCAAUUUCCGCAGUAUGUAUCGGAGCCGUAUCGACCACCGCACCCAGCAGGCGAGGCUGCAGAGUAUUAUGGUGAUCAGGGCGAGUCUGUUGCUCAGCAGCCGGGCGUGCGACCAAAACCGCCUUCUCUGAUUGUCGGCGCAGAACCGCAUCUGAUGCCAGCGUCACCAGUACCGAACCCUCCUCCGGAACCAAGCAGUAUGGGUCAAGUUGGAGCGGCUGCGGACUAUUAUGCGAACCAUUCCAACUUGCCUGACAAUAUAGUUCAACAACCGUCGCGACCGCCGAAGCCAUCGAAACCCAGCAAGCCGAACAAGCCGAGUAAGCCAGCAGCCGCAGUCCCGGCUUCAGCAUUGGGUGCAGCGACGUAUGGUAUUGGAACGGGACUACCCUCGAGUCCCGGAGUGCAAUAUAAUUCUUCGUCGCUUGCUGGAGAAGGACCCUCCCCUUAUUAUGCGACGCCGAUGUCUACACCUGGACUAAACGGAGCGUCCCAUUCUCACUCGAACUCUCACGCUACUGAGGCCUCUUUAGGUUUGGCGGCAGCAGGCGCAGCCGCUGGAUACAUGAUGGGACACCACUCAUCCUCCCACCAUGAUGAACACUCGGCGCAUUACAAUUCUAGCAGCUACCCGGGGCCGUCUUAUGUUGUCGAUGAUCAUGGAAGACCGCCUAGACCUGAUCAGCAAGGCUCCAAUGGAAAUGCUGCUGUCUUUGAUGCCGGAGCCGCAGGAGCUGCGGGUUAUGGUGCCCUCGCCAACGGUGCACACUAUCCGUACGAUGCUUACAACGGACAGCAAAUGCAACAGUUGCAGCCCGGGUCUCUGGCUUUUCACCAGCGACAUCACGGGCCCCUACAGAGGUUCGUCGACUUCUGGAGAGACCCUGAGGGUGUGGGGAUGUACGAAGACUACACUGAGGCCAUUGGUGUCUGCAAAUAUUGCUUCGAGCCUGGCACGUCCUCCAAGAAUGCACCUAGAAAGCAUCACUACAAGCGGCGGAAGACCCAGGCGGAUCGUUACGGUAAUUCCUCACGGAUCGAAAAGGUUGGCCGCCAUUCCUCAGAAGAAGAGAGCCGGCGCAGAAGGUCGAAAGGGAAGUCAUGGCUGGCUGCUGGACUCGCCGGCGGCCUUGCAGGUUAUGUGUCAAAGUCCUUGUUUAGCAACAAGGAUUUCGACGAGACUUACAGUGUGCGUUCUGGUCACGUUGCCGAUUCGAGGUAUUCCGUGAACGAUAGUGAAAGCAUCUCAUCCCUGGGUAGAAAGAGCCAUCUAUCGCACGGUGUUGACCGGCGUUCCCGACGCGACGACUACAAAAAUUUGGGAAAGAGCUCAGUUACUUCAAAGUCUACAGGUUCUGAGCUCUCUAGACGGCGCUCAAGGUCGCGAUCGAGAUCGUGGGAGCGCCACUCUGGUCUCAGGGAUGCCGCCAUCGGAGUUGCCGUUGGCGCUGCCGCAGGAGCCGCCCUGAAGUCUCGUCGGCGGAGUCGUAGUCGGUCGCCUAGGAAGCAAAAGAACCGGAAGUCAUCCUCCUCUUCAAGUGGCUCGUAUACGGAUAUUGGGCGCUCACAUGCCAAGUCCACGUCAACCGGCUUUACGUCCUUCUUCUCCGCCUCGUCUGCCAACCGCCGUAAGCAGCGCAAGAGUUUCUUUUCCUUCGGGAACUCGUCUUCUUCCUCCUCCGACGCAGAUUUGGCCUUUGGAUCAGCAUUUCUGAAGAAGCCUAACAAAUCGACUAAGUCAAGCAAGUCAAGUGGAUCGAGCCGCUCUAGCAAAAGGAAGGAUAAGCACAACGUCGAUGCUGAGAUCCUUGGCCUCGGUGUCACGGCAAAAGCGAUUGCUGAUGCUGCAGAACGGCGCCGCAAGCAUAGAUCAGGGGUACUAGUUGCCAAGGAUGAUCAUUACCGGCGAUCUACUUAUACCUCCUCUGGGCAGGAGGAUGAUGAAUGGGAAGACGCUGAUUCCUCUGAAUCAUCCUCGAGCGUGAGCUCUGCCCUGGCUUACGGUGGCAGUGCCCUUUUCGGUAGCAGCUCCUCGGAUUCAGGGACAUCAAAAUGGGGCUGGCGAUGGGGAAGCAAAAAGAAGAAGGACAAAUCAAAGCAGUCCACAGAUUACCUUCCAGCAGCUGAGGCAGCAGCUGGCGCUUUGGCAGGCGCAGCGAUCGCAUCAAAAUAUGGCAAAGAUACCGCCGUCCCGAGCCAGGAUGGUUCUAGUAGUGUGGGAAGUCUCCGUCGCGUUUACCCGCAGCCAACGUCCGACCCCUCUCGAUACGAUGCUGUCCAAUUGCCCUCGAGACGUGCGGGAGAGCCUCAGUUUGUUAGACCGGGACCUAUUCCUCUCCAGCAACCGCAGCCUAUAACCCCAGUAUCUCAGUCCGUCUACUCUACGCGAGCUGAACCCUCGCCUUCUUACGCAGCCCCGUCUGGCCCGCCAGUAUUUGCUGAUGCUGCCCCAUAUGAUAUGACCGGAGCGACUCCCACAGCCAGUAGUAUCGCUCGUACUAGCGGAACUCACCGAAGAAGCGACUCUACCCCUGUUUUUCCUACGGAGCCGCUAGAAGAGAGUCUACCGUCUGUCCGAAGACGCCGCGCAACCAGCAAGGACCAGGCAUCAGUCCAAUUUGAACUUACGAAGGAGCAAGCUGACAAGGAGCGUCGUGCUGACCGACUGGAGAGGCAGAAACGGGGGAGCGAAUCGCAAGAGAGCGUCCGCUGGGCUCAAGAGGAAGAAGAGCGUAAAAAGGAUAUUGAGCGCAGUGAAAGACAUCGCCGUGAGAAAGAGAAAGAGAACGGACGGCGAGACGAUGAAUAUGAUACACGCUCUUCCGCCUCUUGCGCAGACCCCGAACGCCCGAAGAAGCGAGAAGACUCUUCCCCUUGGGUCAGUGCCGCCGAAGGUGCCGCAAUAGGAGUGGUUGGCGCGGCCAUUGCAGAGAAAUUUUCGGAGUCGGAAAGGAGACAGAAGCGGCAUGAAGAGCUCAGAGAGAAACGUCGUGCAGAGAGGCGUCGCAACUCCGAAACAGAAGAUGCCCCGUCCCGGAUUUCAUCAAUUCAGACGGUGCGACGCGACAGCGAAGAAGAUACAAAAUGUGAUAAUCAAGGAGCUUCUGCUGCUCCUGUUCGCGCGGGCCCUAACCAUGUGAAUUAUGGAAAAUUCUUUGCACCAAGCGAAUUGCGACACGGCUUUGAUGCCCGGCCAUCUCGGGUAGAUGAGCGCGCUGACGUGAAAACCAUAUCUGAGAUGGAACAGCCUUCGGAAGGCCAAGCACCAGACAUAAAUACGCCAUGGUCUAUUCCACGACUUAAUGUCAUCGAGCCUACCCCUCCGCAGAGUUUGAACGGCUCUGUGAGAGACACGACUUCUCCUGUUGUACUUCCCGCUACCGUUAAGGAAGAAGAGGAGAGCUCCGAGGACCGCGAGCGAGAGAGACCUGGUGCUGGCUCUAGGGUAUCCUGGGGAGAGCACCGAACACACGAAUUUGAGGUCCAGACGCCUUUAUCUGAGAGAAGUAGUGGUGAUGUGCAGCAAGAAUUCAGAGACCAAGAACCAAGAAGCUCUAACGAGUCCGUUGUUACAUCUUUGAAAGACGAGUCUCCCGAAGAGGCCAAAUCUGCCAGUAAAGAAGAAUCCCACCAAGAGAACGAUUCUGAAAAGAGAGUGUCUGGGACAUUUGAAGAUGAUAUCGAGUUCGCGGCUACACUUGCAGCAGGCGCAGCCGCAGCUGGGUUUGACCCUUCUGUUGUAACUGACAACCCGACAUAUCACAGAAGGUCCUCACCUCCGGGCUCUGAGUUGAAGGGAGUAUAUAGAUCACCUUGGGUUGAGACUGUAUCGGAUCUGCAGCGCCCUAUCCCGCCGGUACAGGGGUUUGUUGAAGGCGAAGUUGAGACUCCUACGGAUGAUGACAAGCCUGUUGCGCACAUCAGCGAUGGAAAGGAGUUCUCAGAAGAGCCAGCGCAGCUUUCCGAGGACGACGAUAAGGACGUCUCGUCUAAAGCUGCGGCAGAGCGCUCGCUUGCUCAAGAAGUAAUUGAGAAGCUUAACACAAAGCGAGAUUCGUGGACCGAUGAAUCUAGACGAGUUGCGGAUUCAUCUCCCGAGAGACCUACUGACGAGUCUAAUUAUGUCUCCGUCGACGAAGGUCCCCCUACUCCAAAAGCCUCGGAACAGCAGCCGAAGUGGGACAGCGAUUCAAUUAGGGGAGAAUCACGAUCUGUCGCCUCUGCCCCUGUUGGGGAUUCUAGGAGGCCAAGGAAGUCGCGACGCAGUGUUGAUGACUUUGACGCGAAAAGUGAGACGGCUUCAUUAGAUGACAAUGAUGAAAAGAAGAGACGGAAAAGGCGUUCCAAGCGCGAUAGCGAGAUCUUUGAGGAGGAGGGACGUGAUGAAUCUUCCAUCCGCCGGCGCAAGUCCCACCGCGAUAGCGGGGUCUUCGACGAUGCCGGGUCCGUAGCAUCUUCACCCGCCAAGCUCGACGAGACAAGGCAAAAGAGAAAGAGCAAAGACAAGGAAAGCGAGAAGGAAAAAAAGAGUGGCGGACUUUUCAGUAGCAUAUUCGGCUCAAAGGCAUCGUCGGUGGGAGAGAAGUCGAGUUCUGGCGAUAAGGACAAGCGUUCCUCGCGAGACGUUCAGUCCGAGGUUGCUGUUGACGAAUACCGUCAUAAGAAGCGCUCUUCCAAGCAGCGCAGUUCUAGCGGAGACCAUGCGUUCGGCAUGCUCAACGGCGCUUCCCACUCGUUAACCGACUUUUCGCAACUUGGGCGAGACGUCGACCGAGAUAACGACUCCCAGAGCCGAGACCCCGAUGGAUCCCCCAGAUCCCAUAGACAACGGAAAGAAGAGAGACGGCGGCAAAGAUAUGAGGAUAUUGUGGACUCGGGUAGAAAGUUGUCUGACAAGGUAUAGUUUAUAGUGAAUUCUUUGAUGUUGUCCGCUUGUACAUCACAUUUCCCGUAUUCGCAUUGAGAAUGCCAUUCCCGUAUGUAUGC